AGUACCUAGUGUGCGGAUAUCCUUAUCGAUAAAAAAAAGAAAAAUAAAUAAAUUAUUUUCUCUGUAUAUAUACACGUAUCUAGAGGCUUAAAAAUUCAUUUUUCAUGUAUGUUUCACAUCACUUACCGACAUUUCAACCACACCAUUGUCCCCUUUCUUCUAUAUUAUUACUACUUAAAACUUAUAUCCGUAAUAUUGUUUGUUUAAUUUGAUUUUUAAUUAUGACUCGUCAUGCUAGAUUUCUACUUAGCACCAACUCUUCUUCAACGCCGGCGGCUGAGCCACCGUCCGCGGUGGCAGUCGAAUCCGAUUUCGUCGUAAUACUAGCUGCUUUGCUCUGUGCCUUGAUUUGCGUGGUGGGUCUAAUCGCCGUCGCUAGAUGUGCGUGGCUCCGGCGAGGCACCGGAGCCGGCGGGAACGGUGGUAGUCAGCCGUCGGCGAAUAAAGGGUUGAAGAAGAAAGUAUUGCAGUCGUUGCCGAAAUUCACCUACGACCCUAGUAGCAGUACUGCGCCGGCGCCGGCGAAUAAUGGUGCGCCGUUCACGGCGGAGUGUGCUAUUUGUCUGGCGGAGUAUGCCGUCGGUGAUGAGAUCCGUGUGUUGCCGCAGUGUGGACAUAGUUUUCAUCUUCAGUGUAUUGAUACUUGGCUUGGUUCACACUCUUCAUGCCCAUCUUGUCGUCAAAUUCUUGUCGUUGCUCGUUGCCGGAAGUGCGGUGAGUUUCCGGCGGUUUCUUGUAAAUCCGAUGGUGCCCCGGUGAGUACUCCGGCGGAGUCUCGUUCGUGCGGCACAUCUACUAGCUCAAAUAAUUUCUUGGUCUAGAAUUUAAAAAAAAAAAGAAAAAGGUAAAUGGAAAUUAGCAUUUAAGUUAUAUACACUGUCAGUCAGUGUAAGCGUAAACGAAAAAAUGUAAUUUACACCAUCAGUGUAGUUUUUACCUGUUAGGUAACAUAUCAGUUACUGUAUUAUGCAGGUUAGGGUACUCAUCUAGGGAAGUUACAUGUAACUAAUCUUUGUUACUACAUCUUUAAAAUGACCUGUGUAGAUUUUCUUUCA